AUGACCGGAAGCGAGUCCCGUAACAACGAUUCGACCAUGUCGUUCAAGAAGGAAAACCGCGAAGCAGCCGACACCCUCAACCUUCUCAACCAAACCCUCCCAUCAGUUUCCGUGCCUCCAGGCCUCUCCGAUAUAGAAAAAUCGUUCGCGCGCGAUUUCCAACCGUUCGUACAACAGGAUCAGAUGCUGAAGACGUUGGUGUCACAGGCGGCUCGCAAUGCUCUCGCCAGUCAGGAUCCGUGCACAAUUCCUGACGAUCUUCGAGAAGAGUUGAUGCGACAGAAGAGAAAGGACGACGCGUUCAAGACGGCGCUCUGUGAUUCCUACAAACGCAGUCAGACGUGCUCGUAUGGAGAACAGUGCAGAUUUGCGCAUGGAGUACACGAGCUCCGACUCCCACAAAACCCACGUGGCCGCAAUCACCCAAAGUACAAGACUGUCCUUUGCGAUAAGUUCUCGACCACCGGAAACUGCAAGUACGGAACCAGAUGUCAGUUCAUUCACAAAAUAGUCAACCCGACGUUGCUGGCACAAGAAAGCGGAAUCCUGAACAACACCGCUGUCAAUAAUUCCUCCUGCAUUUCUUCUUCCAACGCCUUCAACCAGUCGCUGUUCAUGCCAGCGAUGUCUGCCGAUCUCAGCAUGGAUCUCAGCAUGGAUCUCAACCAGAGUCUUCCGAUCCGUCGAGCAGAUUUGGCUCGCGCGUUCGCUCGUGCCAACCAAUUAGACUCUACCGACGACAGUGUUACACGAAUGGCACGCAUCUUUGGAAACCAGUUUCAUCGGGAUCUAACGUUCGCGGGACUUCGGAACUAA